AUGGCCUCGAAACCUGUCAUGGGCGCGAAGCGCGCGCUGGCACCGCCUUCCCCCUCGCCAUCGAAUGCAUCAAACGCUUCCCAUGGCGGUACACCGUCCAAGAAACAAAAGCGCGAGGACCGCGCACGAGAUGGAGCGACCCCGACCCCGACCCCAGCCGCCAUGGCUGCCUCCAUUGUCAGCUUUGGUGCCGACGACCGGACGCAGAAGCUGUAUGCUGUCGAGUUUCUCAAGGCCAAGGGCACACCCAAGACUCUGCAGGAAAUCCUCGACCAUUUGACUUUACAGCACGCUCAAGAGAACUUUCACAAGGAGUUCGCAAAGGGGCUGCGCGAGCACGGACAGGUCACGUUCCUUCCUGACCCUGCCGCCCGAGUCAAGGACUUGAAGGAGAAGGGCAUUCCGGCAUGGCGGACGGGUCGAUAUGAAUUCAGAGCCAAGAUUCCUGGUGUCAAGAGCAAGACGACGCUGCUCGACUACCUACAGCGUAAGACAGACGCCAGCAAACUCGAAGUCAAGGACUUGAAGGACGGCUGGCCUGAUUGCGACAAGGCCAUUGACGAGCUCGAAGCAGCACACAAAAUUUUGGUGGUGCGAACCCGCAAAGACGGUCGCGCAACGCACCUUUGGCUCGACCAACCCAGUCUCUUCCAUGCUGUGGACCCCGAGUUUCGAGUCAUGUGGAAGAAGGUCAAGCUGCCCGAUGUGGACGACAUGGUUCGUCGACUGACAGCCAUCGGCCAGAAGCCAGCAAGCGAUGAUCCCAAGCUGAACAAGGUCGCGACAACCGAGAAGAAGCAAAAGAGGCGCGUCAACCGUACCAGCAAGAAGCAAACCAAUGAGCACAUGAAGCACAUUCUGCAAGACUACAGCCAUCUUGUUAGAAAAUAG